GGCGCUGCCCGGGGGAUUCGGGCCGGUUCGCGGGCGCUGCCAGUCUUGGGCGGCGGCGUCCGGCGCGCGGGCAGCCUGCUGGGCGGGCUGAGGGUAAACGGCGCGCGGGUGAGGCGGAGAGAGACGGGGCCGACGAACUACCGCAGCGACAGGUUUUCAACUUAUAAAAGACAAUGACUACUGAUGAAGGUGCCAAAAACAAUGGAGAAAACCCAGCAGCAGCUGUUGCUGAACAGGGAGAGGAUAUUACCUCUAAAAAAGAUAGAGGAGUAUUAAAGAUUGUCAAAAGAGUGGGGAAUAGUGAGGAAACACCGAUGAUCGGAGAUAAAGUUUAUGUCCAUUACAAUGGAAAAUUGUCAAAUGGAAAGAAGUUUGAUUCCAGUCAUGAUAGAAAUGAACCAUUUGUCUUUAAUCUUGGCAAAGGCCAAGUUAUCAGGGCAUGGGACAUUGGAGUGGCUACCAUGAAGAAAGGAGAGGUGUGUCAUUUACUGUGCAAACCAGAAUAUGCAUAUGGCUCCGCUGGCAGUGUCCCCAAAAUUCCCUCGAAUGCAACUCUCUUUUUUGAGAUUGAGCUCCUUGAUUUCAAAGGAGAGGAUUUAUUUGAAGAUGGAGGCAUUAUCCGAAGAAUCAAACAGAAAGGAGAAGGCUAUUCAAACCCAAACGAGGGAGCCACAGUAGAAAUCCACCUGGAAGGCCGCUGUGGCGAAAGGAUGUUUGAUUGCAGAGAUGUGGUUUUCAUUGUUGGCGAAGGAGAAGACCACGACAUUCCAAUCGGAAUUGACAAAGCCCUGGAGAAAAUGCAGCGGGAAGAACAAUGUAUUUUAUGUCUUGGACCACGAUAUGGUUUUGGAGAGGCAGGGAAGCCUAAAUUUGGCAUUGAACCUAAUGCUGAGCUUAUAUAUGAAGUUACACUUAAGAGCUUCGAAAAGGCCAAAGAAUCCUGGGAGAUGGAUACCAAAGAAAAAUUGGAGCAGGCUGCCAUCGUCAAGGAGAAGGGAACUGUGUACUUCAAGGGAGGCAAGUACCUGCAGGCGGUCAUUCAGUACGGGAAGAUAGUGUCCUGGCUCGAGAUGGAAUACGGCCUGUCCGAAAAGGAAUCGAAAGCUUCCGAGUCGUUCCUGCUCGCUGCCUUCCUGAACCUGGCCAUGUGCUACCUGAAGCUCCGAGAAUACACCAAAGCUGUGGAGUGCUGCGAUAAGGCCCUGGGACUAGACAGUGCCAAUGAGAAGGGCUUGUACCGGAGGGGUGAGGCCCAGCUGCUCAUGAACGAGUUCGAGUCAGCCAAGGGCGACUUCGAGAAGGUGCUGGCAGUCAACCCCCAGAACAAGGCCGCGCGGCUGCAGAUCUCCAUGUGCCAGAAAAAGGCGAAGGAGCACAACGAGCGGGACCGCAGAAUCUACGCCAACAUGUUCGCCAAGUUUGCGGAGCAGGACGCCAAGGAAGAGGCCAGUAAAGCAACGGGCAAGACUUUAGGAGGGGUCACCAAUGAAAAAGAAACAGGAAGUCAAGCAGUGGAAGAAGAGAGAGCCAGGGGCCAUGUAUGACACCAGGCAAAGGAGGGAAGAGCCUCUGAACUCGGCCCUCCUCCACAGGCUUUCCCCAACUCAGGACUCAGCAGUGUUCAACGUCAAGUUCAUCAUAGUCUCUGUGAUUCUGGAAGCAACAGGCAAAACCAGUAGCUUCCCCCAGACCACACCCUGCUGCUGCCCAGCGCUCUCACCAAGGGGUGGCAGGGACCACUCCGGGGGGGACAACAGACGGCUGCCGGCCUGGAGACAGCCAACAGCGGAAGUCCAGCUCAUUUCAGUUGAUGUCAACUUUCACUGCCCAAUUCAGGGUCCCUUGAGAUAAUCCUAACAAUUUGGGGCUAUUAGGUUUUACAUUUAAUUGAAUUUUAAUAGCAAUUCAGAAACCUGAAAAUAAAUGCUUAAUGAAUUUCUCCUUUCUUACAGUUGGAUGAGGGAAAGGAGGAUAAAGUUGUUGUUUUUAAAUAACUGAAGUGCUGCGAAUGCAACUGUUGUGUUUUUAACCAACAGAACCCACAGUAGAAGGGUCGGUGCCCCGCAGGCCCACAGCCGCGUCACAGACUGGAAAGCCAGGACCUCGGGGCCUCAGGGCCACUUGCUUGCUGUCGUAGCCCAGCCCCUGUGAGCGGCCACCUGUGGCAGUGGGCUUCUCCCGCGCCCAGCCCGCCCUCAGCAGGAACCCUGCCACUCCCAACUCUCCCGCAGGGACCGCGGCAGAGGGCUUCUUCAGGGUCUCUCUCUGUUUGGGAUGGAGUUCUGAGAGGCUGAAAUGUGAAAAGAGCAAUCAGAACUGCGCUUGUUUUCCUUCCUCUAUUCCUUUUAGGGAAUAACUGAGCGCAGUGCUGCCUGCCGGUACCGCCACUGUGCAGCACCUGAUUCCAUGCUGCCCGCUCUGAGGGACGUAGACUGUUCUCACAAUACCUCUGACUGGAGGGGAUGUAUCACAUAUCCUCUUAGGAUCCAUGCAGCUUUCUUUGUUGUCUUUUUAAAUUUACUGGCUCAUAAACAUUUGUAUACUGGUUUAUGAACUUAUUUACACUCCUUUCUCAUGUAAAACAAACAAAAACCUUGACUUUUUACUAUUAAGUAGCUGAAUUUUUUUUCAAUCCUCACUUGAGGGUAUGUCUUUAUUGAUAUUUUUUUUUAAGAGAGAGAAACAUCCAUCAGUUGCCUCCCAGACAUGCAUGGACCAGGAAUUGAUCGAACCCACCACCUUUCGAUGCAGGGGAUGACGCUCAACCAACUGAGCCACACUGGCCAGGGCAGUAGGUGGAUUUUCAAAAACAAACUCUGCGGUUGAAAAAAAAUAAGUAGUUUUUCUUCUACAUUAGGGUUUUCCUUGCAGGUUGCCACACAGUGGCUUUUUUUUCCCUUUUCUGAGAGCUUCUUUAUUCCGGUGUGAGUUGUGAAAAAAACUUCCCAUGCAGGUACAUCUAGCUUACAAUUUCCGAUACUUGGACAUUGCGGUAGGGCAAGCCUUAAAUCUGUCCGUGUAGUUGAAGGUUAGUCCUUAUGGAUAAACAAGAUUGACACUGGCCUUCUAUUCCCACCGCCUAAGAAACACUCUUCGGAAUGCAUUUGGCAACCCAAGGGAACAUUCGCUUCACCCUGCAACAUUUCUCUCAAAUCCUAAAGAACACUGCAAUUAUAUUUCAGAUUAGUUUUAAUUUUUAUGGUGGUUUUAACAAAACAGUUUUAUUAUUAGGUUAGGACCCAUGUUAAAUCUAAAUAUAAAGUCACUUCCUUUUAAUACCUGUUUUCUUCUCCAUGGAACAAAUGGAAUUAAAUUGUGUUUCUCUGUUGUUGGUAACAAAAAUCCUUUUUAAAUGCUCACUUAGACUUUUUUCAUUUUCCAUAAGAUACUUCUUUUUAAAGCCCCAAAUUUUACCUAGGAAAUAUGAAAAGCAAAAGUUGAUUUUGCUUAUUUGCCUCUUAACUGUUUAGCAUUUAUAGCUCUGUUGACUAGAGCAUGACUCCAGUGAGCCCACGAUUGAGAUUUGACCUAAAAAGGCCAGGUAGCAAACAUAAAAGUGUCCAAAAUGAGAUUAGCCCAGCGACUGUCCCAAGUGUGUGUGUGCCCCCCGGGGGAACAGGCAAGAGUGCGGAUUUGAGCAAACAAGCAGAAGGGGCCAUCACCACUCGAGAAAAAGAAAUGUGUCAAAUCCAGUCACCUCAAACAGGUGGUCUAGAAACCGGCAGAUGUCUGAACCGUCUUUUAGACUGCAUAUGGAGUGGGGAUGAAUUAAAAACAAAAUUUUAAAAACCA